UUUUUCUUCGCUCCUCACGCGACAUCGUCAGUCACGGCGACGACGAAAGCAACGCCACUUAUGUCAAUGUCGGCGCCGCUACCUCCCUUUGCGCUCGGGAGCGAGGAGGCCAAGAUGCUCCAGGGCGCCAUCCAGCGUGGACUGGCCAGCAAGGGAUGGAGCGACGAGGAUGACGAGGUCAUGGCCGAGUACAUCCUCGUCAUGCUCGCCAACAAGAAGACGGCCACCCAGAUCGGCGGCGAGCUGCAGGAGCUGGUUGGCGAGGCCUCUGACGCCGAAGUGCAGGCCUUUAUUGGGGGCAUGUGGGAGGAGGCACAGGCCAUCCUGUCUGGCCAGGAUCGUGCUAAUGGCAGGGCGGAGGAGGCUGAGCCUCGGAGGCGUUCGCCCUCGCCUGCGCCAGCCGCACCGGGGCCAUCUCGACGGAGGUCAGCAUCGCCAGAGAACAUUCGAUUACAAAGUGCAGAUCGGGAAGGGCAAGAGAGAUGGGACUCCCGAGGAAGAGGAGCGCCAAUCGCAAGCAACGCUGACUGGGGCAGGGGCAGCAGGGCUGGCGGGGGAAGGGCAGCGGACGGUGGCGACAGAUGGGGUCCACCGCCAAGAAGAAGAGAGCUCUUUGGCGAGGAACGACCAGAAGACAGCAAUGCGAGGUGGAAUGGUCAACCAGCAGGGCCGGCGGGUCCCGAUCGAAGUGCGGAGAGGCGAACGGAGAGGCGCGAGCUCUUCGAUGGAGCACCUGCAUCCAACAAUGCACCCGACCGGCCUCGGGCGAUGAGGAUUCUGGGCACAUCAAAGGACGCGAGCGGCAGUAUCUUUCAGCGAUCAAUCAGCCAGGUUCACAACCAGCAGUCACGGCAGCCGACUACCGCGUCGCCACCGAGCAUCUUUGCCCGCGCCGGCGUACCAGACCCGUAUGCGGCGGCCUUUGUGCCCAUGAAUGCCGUUGCUUCGCCAAGCUACAACCAGCCCAGCCUCCUUUCUCGCAUCGACCCGAUGAUACCCGACAACGAACCAGUCGUCGCUGCACCUGCAAUCGACACUGCCUCGUUUCCUGACAAGCCAACAGAUGCCACGCUCUGUCGCUGGGGCACUCGGUGUACCGAUCCGUCCUGCGGCUUCUCCCACCCUUCCACGGCAGCUGCAAGUGCAAAUCGCAAGGAAGGAGGCAAUCCUAACGGUGACCCACUGGUGCUCCGAAAGGAGGCAUGUCGCUUCGGGUCUGGCUGCACAAAGGUCGACUGCGAAUUUAGUCACGUCAGCCCCGCCGUCGCUUUUGUCAAGGCUAAGCUCGACCGCCAGGUGCUUCCGUCCUCGAUCAAGAAUGAAGAUCUGGACAGGUCAGCAUGUCGCUACCAGCAGGACUGCACCAAUCCGAGCUGCGCCUAUGUCCACUUCGAUCCGACAACUGGCGCAGUUGGCCCCAGCCCCGCCCUUACCAAGCUGACUACCUCGAGCAACGGCAAUGGCGAGCACAAGGACUCUUCUAAUCAACACAUUCCUGCCUCCAAUGGCGCCGAUGUCGCCAUCGGAGAAGCAGGAGCAGGAGCAGAAGCGAGCAACGGAGGUGGGGGCGAGCAUCCAGGUUUGCAGCGAGCAUUGGGCGACAAGGCAAACUGCCGAUUCGGCGUCAAUUGUACGCGCAAGGACUGCACCUUUGCCCAUCCGUUUGGGCGCAACCUCGAAGGCAACGCAGUCAAGUCGUCGUUUUCUUCGAGUCAGGUGCCAUGCCGCUAUGGCAAGGCGUGCACCAGAGCUGAUUGCUUCUUUUCGCACCCCGAGGGCCGCGGUAGUGCGCACAUUUCGGACAGACUGCAAGGAUUCUCGUCCACGGCGGGCGAGGACGCAGAGAUGGAGACAAUCAUCCCUGGACAAGCACAGACCAUGUAACAUAAAGCUCUUCUUUCUGACGAGAGAAAAACAUCGAAGCUUGGACGAGCAUCUAUCUCCAGGACAAUCCACAUUUCCUUUAUUGAGGGCACAAAAUGUAGAGAUAGACAAAUGGGUAGAAGAGGUGACGAGAUCUCGCUCCCGUCGCUGCAGG